AUGUCUGAAGGAGAUAAACUGGAGAACUCGGGAGAUGAGCCGAAGAGCGAAAAACUCGAGCUUGGAGGAGACAAUGCAGUCGACAUGAAGAAAUUGAAAAAGAGACGAUCAAAAGGUAAUAAGCGAGUUGGUAAAAGUAAAUCAGACGUUCCAUCUUGCGUUUCAGUGGAUAAAUGUUCGGCGAAAAGUGGGAAGGAACAACCGCAAAAUGAGUGAGUUAACAUAGAAGAGUUGCGAAAAAUCAGAAUUUCUCACUGCAGAUGGUUGAAUGAUCUUCUUAAAACUGGCGAUUGUGAACGCGAAUCACCUUAUUGCAAAGUCAUGGGUUUUCUCGAUGACUACAAAUAUUACAUUGGUGGAGCUGUUGUGGUUGGGAUUCUUACAGUAGUUUACCUGAAGAAGUGUCGUGGAACUGGAGGAUUGAAGGCGUGUCCUAUUACUGGGAGAGUUCGUAAAUGA